AAAAAGGCAAGUUUUUUUGCUUCACGUGUAAUUCGUCGAAGAGAGAGGAGUAGCGAUGGACGUGUUCGGCUUGACUGAUCAUGCCACGACUUUGGUACUCGGGGCUAUGCUUAUUUUAACCUUCUAUCUGUUUGGAAGAAGAAACUUUUCACUUUUCAAAGAACUCGGGAUUCCUGGUCCCUCACCAGUUUCUCACUUAGGAAACCUGAUAGAAGUUAAGAGAAAGGGAUUCACUUCUGUGUUCAAAUACUGGCGAGAAAUUUACGGUGAUGUAUAUGGCCGUUUAUAGGAGAUGAAAUCAGUAAUCUUGGAGUUGCAGCGGCCAAAGAUGAUCAUUGGAAAUAUCUACGAACUGUAUUGGUUCCUUUUUAUAGCUCUCAUCAAAUG